CUCCCGUUUGCCUUUAAAAGCACAUGAUGCAACGCUCCGGCCCACAAGCGCAACUUUACGCACAGCAAGGAAGAGAAACAGAAGCGAGAUUUAAGAGCUGCCUUUUACCUGCAUCCACUUCAUCAGAACCCGGUCACCACUGACUCAAGAAUGAUGUUGCAGCACACCGGUCCCUCGCUGGCUGACAUCAGCUGCUCCGCCCUGGUGCCCUGCCUCUCCCCGCCGGGCAGCCUCACCCUGGACGACUUCACCAACUUCACCCCCAUCGUGAAGGAGGAGCUGCGGCUCGCCAUCCAGUCCAAACGCCUGUCCAACGGGCUGAGCGCCGACGUGAGCUCCGACUGCUCCAGCUCCGACCUGACCUCCCUGCACUACCAGGACGGACAAGGCGUCAAGAGAGAGUUCACACCUCAGGAGCAAGAGAGGAGAAAGAGAAGGAGGGAGAGGAAUAAGGUCGCUGCUGCCAAGUGUCGCAACAGGAAGAAGGAGAAGACCGAGACUCUGCAGCAGGAGUCAGAGAAACUAGAGACAGUGAACGCAGAACUGAAGGCUCAGAUCGAGGAGCUGAAGACGCAGAAGCAGCAGCUCGUCUACAUGCUCAACCUGCACCGACCCACCUGCAUCGUCCGCGCCCAAAAUGGCCAAACCCCCGAGGACGAGAGGAACCUCUUCAUCCAACACAUCAAGGAGAGCACUUUACAAUUCCACAACCUAGUCUCCUCCUCCACCACGUCUACCGCCACGUCCACCUCGUCGUCCACGUCCUUCUCGACACUCGCACCUCUAGACGGAGGCCUUCUGACCCUCGAUAGCAUCCACUGCCACUAACGAGCGAUCAAGCCACUUUUCAAAGACUUGCAAUGUCUCAUCCCAACGCAGCACAGAUUGUAAGAGAAGCAGGUGGACGACUACGACUUGAGAAUGACAGUGACAUUAAAAAGUAAACGCCAUUGGAUGACUCCUCGGUCUCGUUCGCCGCCAACAAAGCUGCUAAAGAGAGAUAGAGGCCCCUCCCACUCCCUGAAUCCACAGCUGCUGAUUGGACAGAAAAAAACAUUACAAACAGUCACGUCCAAGAACAGAUGCCAAAGCACUAAAACACAUCUUUUUUUUAUUUACUGGUAUUUUGAAUAGUCAGAGUUUUGUACCAAAGUUUGUUUUGCAAGGUGUUCACGGCACAUCAUUUGUUUCUCAGAGGGAAGUAGACGCUGAUCGACUGAGUGUCUGUAAAGCCAGACAAGUGUGCAAGAAAUCACCUUAAAAAAAGACAUUGUGCUGCUUAGUGUAUAAAGCAAAGUAUAUUUAUUGAGUAACUACUGUAUGACAUGUCGUGGCCGUAGCAACCCUUGUCCUUUUUACAACGUGAACUACUAAAUCUGCUGCUACUACUAACCUCUCAGGACCUGUGCUGGCUGUAGAUCAAUGUUUAUUGAGAAGUAAUAUCUCCCAAAAUGUCAGCUUGUUUGCUAUCAGGGCUGCCGUAGCAGUUAAAAAAAGGGAAAUGUACUUUUCAGACAGGGUUUGCACUUACUGAAGUUGAUAUUAGACGAUUACAAUAUAAGCCUUUAUGCAGAUGAUAUGUUACUUCUCUUAGUAAUUUGAAUUUUGCUCACCAACAAAAUUGCCCCAAAUAUAAUAAUACUGUAUAUACUUUCAAUUUAUUUAUCACUGCGUUCCCUCUUAAGAUAAACAGAACAAGUGUUGCUUUUUCUUCUGUGACGAUGAAGCUCCACAAGUGUUAUUUUAGUCGUUUUUCUACUUUAAAUCUCGUGUAUUGUAUCGCAUCAUUCUCUCUGUGCUACUGUACGUUAAACACCGGAUGCCUCCUUUGGUCUUGGAUAAAACAAGAAAGAUUGUUAUUUUCUAACGAUGUAUUUUUUAAUAAUAAGAUUUGGUUUGGAAGUUGUGUUCACGAGAUAUCGUUAGCUAGGUAUCGGAAGUGUUGCAUCAGCUUUCGGCUGGUUCUAAAACACGCCUGACUCUGGAGUUAUGCAAGAGGAUUUUUUUAUGUUAUGCUGUGUGUUUUGAACUUGCACAAACAGAAACUGAGGGAGUGUAAUGAAAGAGAGGUUAGCAGGAUAUAGCAAAGGAAUCUGCUCAUCAGAAUUUCAAUAGUUUCCAGUAAGUCUACCCCAACAUCAAACAUCAUGUUAGCACCGUCAGCUUCUGAGGUCAUCUUAAAGGUUUGUCGCUAUUGGGAAACAUCUCCAUUAAGAGUGAUUAUUUAUCACCUUACUGUCACAGUGAGGACUGAAGUUUAAUAUUGUAUGGUUGGAUGGUAGAAGAAGAAGGUUUAUAUGGUUUAUUAAGAAGGAAAUUACCUAAGAGUGACUCGGUUAAAGGGACGCAGGCGUCUGUUCACAGUGUGUAUGUUGUUUUGUGGUUGUGUUGUGUUGCUAGUCAUAAGCACUGAUGUAUUUUGUCGUGCCUACUUCUACUGAUAGAGGCAGUUCCUGUUUUCUCUGUAGCAUCACAUAGACAAAAUUAAUAAACUGUAAGCUGUCAGGUACAACUGCACUGCUACUACCAAUGUGUUCUUCUUCCAUCUUUGUUUUUGAUACCUUGUCAAUUAAAAUCUGUAUUGAAAAUGUAA